GAUCUAGCAAACUCACCAUGCAGAACGACGCUGGGGAAUUUGUGGAUCUGUAUGUGCCUCGUAAAUGCUCUGCUAGCAACCGGAUUAUUGGUGCGAAGGACCAUGCUUCUAUCCAAAUGAAUAUUUCAGAGGUUGACAAGGUCACAGGCAGAGUCAAUGGCCAGUCCAAAACCUACGCAAUUUGUGGAGCAAUUCGUAGGAUGGGGGAAUCUGAUGACUCUAUUCUGCGCCUGGCAAAGAAUGAUGGGAUUGUUUCCAAGAAUUUCUAACUGAAAAGGCACCAUGAUGUGGAAUUUCUUGUAAAAUAAACCUGUUUUGAAAAAACUUUUAA